CGAAUUGUCGCGCCGGUUCAAUACUAUCGUCAUGCCAGCAGCGUAUAUGAACCGGCAGGACAUGUGCCGCAUGCGGCAAGGCAUCCGACAGAACGUCACUAUGACAGAUCUCCAGCACAGCAACAUUCCUCUGCCACCACAGCAUCCUACUACCCAUCCUUCGCCGCCCAAAUCCAACGCCAUCAAGUCGUCUAUGCCAUCGCCUCCGAACCUGUUCAAGGAAGCAUGGCACCAACAGAUGCCACGCCAACCCCGCCCACGCAGAGGCAAGCCACCUCCGUACAACCAACCGACUGCCGACAACGUGUCCCUUGGUGAGCAAAUGCAGCACCUCAAGCAGUAUUACGAAGAACGCGUGGUCGUGCUCGUGCAGCGAUGCACAGAAGCGGAAACCAAGUUGGGUGUGCUGACGUCCGAGCGACGCGAUAUUGACACGCAACUGCAGCACUUACAGGCGCUAGCGCAUUCGCAGCACGACCAGCUGCAGACGGCGAGGCAAGAAUACGCCAGUUUGCUUGACUGGUGUCGAGAGCGCGAGGCGCACUACCAGCGCACGGAACACGACUUGGCGGCUACAGAUACACUGAACCAAACGCUUGUGCACCAAGUCGAAGCACUGAAUGCGGCCCGACAGGCCUUUGAAGUCGAGUGGACAAAGCAACGAAAUACAUGGGCGCAACGGCAAGAAGAGUUGGAUGCGAGCAUGACCCAUCUAUUGCAAACCCAGGCCGUGCUUCGCAACGACAUUUUGACCAAAGAUGCAACCAUCCAAGACCUGCUUGUAGCUCGCGAUCACAUGGAAUCACAACGGCUGCACUUAAAAAGCGUCAAUGCUGGUCUAGUGGACCAAGUGACCAAGCUAUCGCAUCGAGCGGUGGUGCUCGAAGGCCAAGUGCAGAUGGAAAUCGAGUUCAAGAGGUCCACGGUGGCAGAAGCCGAAGCCCUGACCCAGCAAUUGCAUGCUGAACGUCGGGAUCGUCAAGCCCUCGCGAUGCAAACUCAGCUCGAAAAUCAGCAGCAUCGCCGAGACUUUCGAGACCGGGACAUGGCGUGCCGAGAGCUCACGCAUCGGUGCCAGCGCAUGACCAACGACUUGGUGGUCGCGACCACUCGGUAUGAAAAGGCAGAGGCAGCGCUGGAGCAUUUGACUGGUGCCACCGAAGCUAGAAAGGAGGACCUCCGUCAGCUCCAAGCAGAUGUCCAGCGGCUACAAGCACAGCUGGCAGAUGCGAGGGCCGCGGUGGAAAGCAAAGAUGUGGCGCUGGUCGCGGCCAAACGAGAUUUGAGCGGCUUGCAAGCUCGGGUUGUGGCGGAAGAAGCCAAGAAGCUAGAGGCCUUGGACGAUGUGAAUGCACUCAAUCAAAGGAUAGCAACGCUUCGACGGGACAACAUGCACUUGAUCAGCCGGUUAGAGUCGCCGAUUCCGCUCAGCGUGCGAGCGUAGUUGUCGCUUCUAAUGCAGAAUUAUCAUGCACGAGCUCGUAGUAGUAGCACAUGAGGCCAGCGUAUCGCUCGCUCCAUUGCGGUAUCCACCCGUGAAUAUGAAACUACACAGGGAGUACGUCAAUCCUAUGAUUAAAUGCAUGAUCGACAUACCCCCACGGAGAUGACUUUUGUGCGAGGGUGCUGGCAUUGGUGUACGAGAAGCUGCUUGACGUUCACGUUGAGCGUCUCAGCAAAGGCGUACACAAUUACCAUGGUCGUGCGGUCGGGCAGGCGGUAGGUAGGGUGGAGGAUGUCGUCGAUGGAGAUCGUGAUGGAAGCCUGCAAGUGCAACGCAUGCACCCUUUCCACGGCCAAGGCGGCCACUUGAGGGUCGUAUUCCACCCCCACGGCGCGACACCCGUACGUUUGAACCCCAUGGAGGAGCCACCGAGCGUCGCCGCAUCCGAGUUCAACCACGACGUCGUCUGCGCUCAUUUGAAGACGCAAACGUUCCCAUACCUUGAUGACCAUCUCCAUGGGCGACGGACUGAAGGGUGCAAUGCACACCGUGUCCGCGGGCAGUUGGACGGCAGCAUAAUGCUUCUUGGCAGCCGCUAGCAGGAGCGCCUUGAUCCGUUUCUUGCGACGUUCGUGAAGCGUUGACAUGGAUUGUCCGGUUAAGUCUCCGGAUAUGUGACAUGCCAGGUGCAGCUUGAAACUUGCUCCCGCGUUGCCACGUCACAAUCAGACAUGUUGAAGGGAUCAAUUGUCGAGGUACGGAUGGCAAACACUUGUGUGCUUCGGUAUACAGUACUACUCAACAACAAGGAACGGAAGGACGAGUAUUGCGUCCAGUAACGUUAGAAGGAUCCA